CCUUUCAGCCCUUCAGCUCUCCGUUAUAAUCAUAAAAAAAGAAUCCAAUUCAUUAAAAACCUCAAGAAAGAAAGAAAGAAACUCUCUCUUUCUCGCUUUGUCCCAUGCGUUUCCUCAAACACCAACUCCUUUAACUCUGUCUCUGUCUCUCUCUCUUUCUCACUCCCCCCACAAACGCAUACUCUUGGAGAAAAGAAGGAGAAGAUGGCAUCGGGGUUUUCCGCCGGCGGGGCCCCCGACUUUUUCAGCGGCCGAUCCACCACCAUGACGAACCAGCCUCAGCAUCCACCGCCGACCUACCGAACCCAGCUUCCGGGUCUCCAUAUGGACCCGUCCAUCCAGUCUAUCCAGAUCGCUCGCCAGCAAGCCGCGGCCUCCAGCCUAAUCGGGAAGCGAACCCUGGCCGACUCCCGAACCCCGCAGUUCCAGAAUCCGGCGGGGCUCAAUAGUCUUUUUCUCCGCUCCGUCAAGCCUCGGAGGACUUACCAGCACUCCUCCCCCAUAUCCACUUUAUCCCCCAUUGAUUUUUCCACCAGCACUCCCACCUGUCUUACUUCUUCUCCAGAAGCUUCUUCUUUGUUGCUAUCGUUGCCGCAACAACAACAACGCCUCGGCCUCCACCUCCUACAACAACAGUUUCGACCUCAACCUAUUGACGCCAUCGGAAAUUCUAGAAUUGUCCCGCAACACAAUACUGCGACUAUUCCAACAUUACCGGGCGUUCCCUACAUGAAUACGACUACGAUGACGACGACGCCCGUAAACAGCUCGGUUCCUCAAGACAGACUUUUGUCGUCCGCCCAGGAUUUAUCGGAGCAGAAGAUGAUGAAUCAUCGACUCCAGGAGUUGGAGAAACAGUUAUUGGACGACGACGACGACAACGGCGACGAAGGCGACGCCGCUUCAGUGAUCACCAGCACUAAUAGUGAGUGGUCCGAGACCAUCCAGAACCUGAUAAGUUCGACCCCGAAACCAACUUCGCCCUCCCCCACUUCCUCGACGUCGUCGUCGACCUCGUCCAACUCCUCGGUGCCUUCGCCUGGGUCCGCCUGCUUAAAGCAGUCGCUAAUGGAGGCUGCGACCAACAUUCUGGAGGGCAGAAACGACUCCGCGGGGGAGAUCCUCACGCGCCUGGCCCAGGUCUCUUCCAACUCCAAAGGGAAUUCUGAGGAGAGGCUGAUGAGCUACAUGGUCGCCACGCUGAAAUCGCGCAUGAACCCGUCCGAGAACCCACCCCCCAUCGCCGAGCUUUUCAGCAAGGAACACGCUGAGGCGACCCAGCUCCUAUACGAGAUGUCGCCCUGCUUCAAGCUAGGGUUCAUGGCCGCCUACCUCGCAAUUCUCGAAGCGGCAUUAGAGGAAGAGUCCGAGAGCAGCAACAGAAUUCACGUGAUCGACUUCGACGUCGGGCAAGGUUAUCUGUAUGUGAAUCUCUUGCGCGCGCUCUCGGGGCGUCAGAAGGGUAAGCCGUUCGCCGUGAAGAUAACGGCCGUUUCAGAUAGUGAUGGGGCGAGAGAGAGGCUGGAGUUUGUGGGCAAGAUGCUGAUUCAGGAAGCGGAGAAAGUCGGGGUUUCGUUAUCGUUCCAGAUGGCGGAGAGUCAGAAACUCGGUGAGUUGACCCGCGAGUCCCUGGGCUGUGAGCCAGACGAGCCACUGGCGGUGAAUUUCGCUUUCAAGCUGUGCAGAAUGCCGGACGAGAGUGUGUCCACGGAGAAUCCUCGGGACGAACUGCUCCGGCGAGUCAAGGCGAUGGAGCCGCGCGUGGUGACGCUGGUGGAGCAAGAGAUGAACGCCAACACGGCGCCGUUCUUGGCGCGGGUGGGCGAGACGUGCGCGUACUAUGGUGCGAUGUUUGAGUCGAUGGAGGCGAUGUGGAAGAGAGACGACGCGAACCGAGUGAAGGUGGAAGAGGGACUGAGUCGGAGGUUGGGGAACUCGGUGGCGUGCGAGGGGAGGGACCGCGUGGAAAGGUGCGAGAUGUUCGGGAAGUGGCGGGCCCGAAUGGGCAUGGCAGGGUUCCAGUUGAGGCCGCUGGGCCGAAACGUGGCCGAGACGAUGAGGGCGCAACUCAAUGGGGUUGGGAGCCGAGUCAGCCCGGGUUUCACAGUUAGCGAAGAAAACGGAGGGGUUUGCUUUGGAUGGAUGGGCCGGGCCCUCACCGUCGCAUCUGCUUGGCGUUAACUUCACCUUUUUUUUCUCUUUCUUCGGCUUUCUCUUUCUAAUGUUAUUAUUGCUAUAAUUGUUACUCCAUUGGUAUGUUGUUAACGUUUUCCUGAGAAAAAAAAAAUGGAGACGAAAGGAUAAAAGGAAAAGGAAAAAAGAAAAGCCCACCAAAACGGAAACAAUAAUAAAUUUAAGAGUGUUUGGAUUCCCAGAAAAUUCUAGUGCGCUGCAUUUCUUUAUUUAUCAUUUGGUUGUGCGCGCCAGUGAAAGUAGUAGGUGUUUGGUGUGUAUAUGGCUGACUUUUGUGGUGUAUAUGGAUUGCCAUCAAAUAACAAAUGGAUGGAGGGCUCCACUCUAUGUAUGGAUGGGAUUAUUUUUUGGUUUUAAGAUGGGGAGUUUUCAUUUA